CUCUGAUGACUGUAUGACUGCAUAAACAGGUUUAUGCUGUUACCUGCUAUAAUGCAGAAGAUACUCGAGAACUUCGUCAGCAAGCUGUAUACUGCACGACACUCAGACUGAUUUUGCUGUCAGACACAAAAUCACACAUCAUCAAAGAUGAUCUUUUGGGAUUGAAAUAAUGGCGGCUAAGGUUGUUCAGCUGGUUCUACUUGCCGUUUAUUGUUUUCGGUUUUGAAAUGAUUCAUGGUGUUUUCUCCAGUAAACACCAGUCUUCUCCUUGCUGCUACAGUAGCUCUGCAGGCCCAGAACACACGACUUUGCUUCAGCUGUUUGCAUGUCUAACAGUUGCCAUUGAUGCACCCUGUUGUUCACCAAUUGUGUGCAUUCUUCUUAAGGCAAUUAAAUGAGAGGAUCUCGGCUCGCUGGGCAUCACUGAGGGGACGCAGCACCUCUGAGUGUGUGCGGAUCUAUCUGACCGUGGCCCGCAAGUGGCCCUUUUUUGGAGCUAAGCUAUUUGAAGCUGAGCCGCAGUCACCCUCUUCACUGCAAAGCACACGUGCGUGGGUAGCUGUCCAUGAGGAUGGGUUGAGUGUGUUGGACUUUACGUCCAUGAAACUUCUAGUGUCCUUCUCCCAUAAGAAUGUUGUAACAUUUGGAGCUUGUCAUCAGGACUUCAUGCUGGUGGUGAGUCAAAGCGCUGGAAGCAACACAGCCAGGGAAAAGCCUACUGAGAAGCAUUUGUUCGCCAUGAGCACUUUUAAGAUCCGAGAGUUGACACUCCUUAUGGCCAGCUACAUUAACAGCACCCAUCAACAGAAGUCAGCAGCACACCAUCUCUCUGCCCCAGCUCUGUUGCUGGCGCAAUGUCAGUCUGGAGAGCAACACACCUCUAAAUCCCCUCCUGCAGGCAGUGGCAGACCAAGCAAAGGCCCCAAACUUCUCUGAUGCACCUUAUACUGGUGCAUGCUCUAUAAUCUCGAAACUCGGAAUGGACUCGUAUUCAAAAUGGAUUGCACCUACUCUCUGGAACAGGAACUUGGACCUGAUUUGCAUUUUGCUGUGACCUUCCUUUGUUGAUAUGAAUCCAUUAAUGUAUAAAGAACAAUACAUGCCCUUUUUUUUGUUUCCCUCCUCAUGUAAAAAGGAUGUAAAAAGGUAUUUAUCAUGCUAUGUUUGUCCUAAAAUGAUUAGGUACACCAACCCUAUAGAGGCUAGAGAUGAAAUGUCCUAGCCAGCAUUGCACAAAUGAACAACAGGACUAAAUAUCCUAUCAUUUCAAAGAAAUCUGUGUAAACAGUGACACGCCGUGUUUGGUAUUCUAAUAAGUUCAUGGGUUCAUUAGUUCAGGAAGAGGAAGGACAAUCCAUAGAAGUAGACUAGCAUUUACUUUUUCAAAAUAUCUUCCAAACAAACAAGUUACAGACAGGAAAAUGAUUAUUAAAGCACUCUGUGGAGGUGGGUCAGGUUUUCUAAUUAAAAAAAAAGGAAAGAAAGAAAAUCUAACUGAAUGCUGAGGAUUAGCAUGUAGAUAAAAGAGUGGCUCACAUGGAUAAUAGAUGAAACAUGUUUGAUUGAAGAGGAAUGCAUAGAAAUUGAAUGCAGCAAGGUACAAUCGUACUUUCUGAGCAUCACAAAGUUGUUUUUUGUUUUGUUUUUUAGUGAGGUGAAUUAUUUAUCACCACCCAGAAAUUCAACUCUGAGCCACAAGAUGUGAUUUUAGGACAAAAAUAGGAAGUGGCAACAUUGUGCAUUGAGAUUAUAAGCCACAUUUGCGCACAUGUAGUUAUAUAAUGUUUAAAGUCUAAUUUUGAGUUUAUUUAUUGUAAAAUGGGAAUCCGUUGCAGAGAUCCCUUAUGUAUACACAUUUAAAUAAAUGUUAUAUGUUAUAAAGAAUUAACUUUUGUUUAUUUCUGUAUCAUAAAAAUGAGGUCUAGGGUUAGUGACCCGAGUACUAGAAGCAACCCUCCUUUUCUUCUCUGUCUGCACCUCUCUGCUGAGUUACAUGUCGAUCCUGAGACACCAGUAGUGCUGACCUCUUCUGCUCCUCGGACUCACCUGAUCCAUCCUGAUGCCCUACGUUUGGCUGGAGUCUCAUAUGGACAGUCAAAAGUCGCACUCGGAAGAUGGCUCUGGACACUUACAGUUGGCGGUGGCGGCUGUCCAUCGCUAGCGAUGAUGACUGCUUCAUUAGGAUGCACAGAAAUCUCCUUUCCUAAUGAAGCACCUUGCACAGUAAGGUAAGACAAAUGACGCCGUGCCCCCAUCGUGUUGUCUCUCUGGACCUCCAGACCUGAUGCCAAGUGGUGCACAAAAGUGCCACACACCUGACGGGUAUGGCAGUUGCCCUGCAGUGACAUCUGACUUGCCGAGUGAUGCAUGCACAGGACUUCAGGACUGCAGUUGUCAUGAACAGUUUUGCACUCAAGUUUCCAUCAAUGAACAGUUUAUAACUUCAACAAAAUAGACUUCAUGUUAAAACUAUAAUGAUUUUCCUGGUUUCAAAGUUAUACUUUGUGACUGUAUCAGACACUGUUCUAGAAGCAAAGUAUUUAUAAUCAUGCUAUCUGUUAUCACUCCAAAUGAGGAUGGGUUCCCUUUUGAGUCUGGUUCCUCUCAAGGUUUCUUCCUCGUGUCAUCUGAGGGAGUUUUUCCUUGCCACCGUCACCACAGGCUCGCUCAUUGGGGAUAAGGUAGGGAGAAAAUUAGCUCACGUUUAAAGCCUUUAAUUUUCGGCAAAGCUGCUUUGUGACAAUGUAUGUUGUUAAAAGCGCUAUACAAAUAAACUUGACUUGACUAGAAGCA